AUGUAUUCUCCUAUACACGAAGGAACCUCCUUAAUACUAGGUCAAAUAAAAUUUUGUGAUCUCUCUCUUUACACUAUUCCUCCGGUCCAAUCUUCUUGUCAGUCUCCUCAAUUAUCCUCAGAACCAUAUGUUCAAAUUCAAAAUAUUCCGCAUCAUUCCUUUUAUUAUGAUAAAUUUGCAUGUUAUCAUGCAACAUUGUCAGGUUAUAGUUCACCAUAUUGGUUAGACGAAGCUAUUAUCCACGAUUUUUUCGUAAGAGUUAAUAUGGAAUGCAAUGGGCUAAAAGAAUUUCAUCAUGGUAAUGAAAUAACCUACAUAGUACAGCUACAACAUGAUAGUUCACGAGGGGUCUUUAGAUUGAUGGAAAUCAGGAUUAAGGCAUCGGUAUUCUUAGGUAGAAUCGAUUGGAUCAGGAGAAAUGAGGAUAUAAUUCUUUUUUUAGAACGGUUGUCAUCAUAUCUUGAUGAUUAA